AUGCAGCGGUGGCUGGCGACGAAACCCAAGGGGUUUAUCGAUCCUUCGAAGCAGUACGACACGUCGUUAGAGGAUCAGCUCUUAGCGGAGAUAGAAGAAAAGGAACAGCAGAGGGAGAAGGAAACGCAAGCGGGUGGGGGGAACAAGCAGGGAGGAAGCGCGGGGAAGAAAGCGGGUGAGAGGAAGGGGGAGGCGCAAGGAGAGAAGGGGGGGAGGAGCAGUCAAGCAGGGGCAUUUGACGCGCCUGCGAAAGUGAAAAAGGCCAACACAGAAUCUGAACUUCCACCAUCAGCCAUAAAAGUCCGAGUCUCCGGGCUGCCCAAGAAGAAAAAGAUUGGCAGGGACCUGCGGGCAGCGUGGAACGGGCAGCUUGGGCUGCUGAAAAUAAUUCCCAUGGAGACUGGAUCCUCUAGCACUCGUGACCCGGUGUGCACUGGGAGUGCUGUGGUGGGCUUUAAGGAUAUGGCAGCGGCUCAAAGGUUCAUCCAGCAGUACAAUCGCUCAGUCCCCAUCCGAUUCGGUCAGAAGGAGAAGGCCGUUUCCUGCAAGCUCAUUGGAGCAUCUGCUGCUGACUCUUUCCGUUAA